AUGAGCCUAGUAUCAUGCUGUUGGGCCCAAACGCGAACAAUUGGCCAGGCUGGAUUGAACUUGCUGGAAGUAUCGGAAGGGUUUGUGGCCACUUUUUACGCUGAUCAAGUUGGUCAAAUAACCAUCGGCUACGGACACGCUUGCAUUUGGCAUAACAAUUGCGAUAAUAUUACCCCUCCCAUCACUAUGGCCCAGGGUGUUCAAAUACUAAUGAGCGAUCUAGUUGAGUUCGAAAAUUGUGUUAACGCUGCUGCGCCCCAGCUCAAUCAAAAUCAAUUUGACGCGUGCGUGGACUUUGCAUUCAACAUGGGUUGUGGGGCUUUCCAGAGUUCUACCAUAUUGAGUUACAUUAACCAGGGUAAUUAUGCGGCGGGUGCUCAAGCAUUCAAUCAAUACAAUUCAAUUGGCGGUCAAGUGAUUGCUGGUCUCACUGUCCGGCGCGCGGCGGAGGCGCAACUGUUUUCCAGCUAAAUCUACCAUAAAGUGUUAAUUUUAUCAUGCUCUUUUAAUAAUUUGCAU